AUGAAGCAGGGGAGUGAAGGGUCCAUUGGAGCUGUGCCAGUGGCAGCCCCAGCUUGGUGUCUGGUGGACACUCCCAGUAGUGACAUCCCCGAGGGCUUCUCUGUGGCCUUGGCUCUCAAUAGUGUUCUGAACCUGAGCUGCCCUAUCCAUUCCGUGGACCCUCUGGGUCAUUCCACCCACACAGUAGAUAUUCUCAGUGAGUGGGUAUUGGUUGAAAGAGUAUACGUUUUUAUAUCCAAAUCCAGAGGUGAGCAGUGUGACUUGCGUGGCCUCUCCACUGACCCAGCUGUUGUUUGCCUUGUAGGUGAGCUUUCUCCGGACCAGCACAACCUUUCCUCGCCCUCCGUGGAGCUCGCACUGAAGGAGAGCACCGUGCACAGCACUGCACACGUGGCCUUACCAGAGACUGCCCCAGGGUCCCAGCAGGGCAGUUCUCUCCGCCUCCUGUCACCUCCAUCCGCCGCUACUUUUGUUACAGCCUUUUUUAGCCCAGGAGACCUGACCCAAAGCACAACAGAUCACAGCGUCUUUGUGGCAAAUUCCGUGGCCGCGACGAGCAACGAGGUGGUCAUCGAUGACGAUGAAAUGGAUAACUUUUUGCCAGAAGCUCAGUGGACCUCCUCCCGCGUGGUUUCUCCCUUACAGUACGUCACAGCCAGCCCACCAGGGUUCCCCGAGGAAACACUGGACUCCGCGCCGACGCCAUCCUUGCCCAGUGUUUCUCCACGAGAUGAAGCAGUGACAUCCGCCUGGCCAGGCACAGCACAACAACCGACAGCGUGUGCCGAGUUCCCCGGGCGCUGCAGUGCUUUUCGGUCGACUCUUCGCACUUCCGAGGGCAUGAUUCCAACCCCUAGUAGGAAUCUGGUGCUUUAUCCUACUGACCCUUAUGGGCGCUCAUCGAGCAGGACUUUGCUGGAGGUCGUGGCUUCAGGAGCAGGGGGCAUAGAAACCCUCCUCUUUAGCUCGACAUCUUCAGUGCCUGAGCCGUUAGGCGAUCGCGUUACCCAACAGCCAUUCCCCACCUCGGCGGAGGUCUCAGUGCCUCCAAAGGAUGUUCUGGUCCCAGGUACAGGCGGAUACCCCGAUGUGACCACUGUGUGGAGUCGGAGCCUAAAAGAAACCAUGUCUCCAAGCACAUCUCCUGCUGCAGCUGCAUCACAGGCGGCCCUUGCUUUCAGGAGCAGCAGCCUCAGCGUAAAUCCAGCUCUGUUUUCAACCCCUCUUGCGUUUGUGUCCUUUCCUGUUCCAUCGGCCGACGUUUCCUAUGACCCCGUGUUUCCCGGCAGCUCCAGGGAAGCGUCCCAAUUGCCUGGCAGUUCAGUGGCCCCAAGUCAUGCGGAUGACACUCCCGUCUGGAGCCCAGCGCCUCCGCUCCGACCGUACACGUGGUGCGUGUCCUGCACCGCGGUGUCACCGCGGCACGGGCCGUCCACCAGCCUCAUGGAGAAAGACAUGGGAUCGGGCGACGGGGCCGAGACCAUGACCCUAUCGGAAGCAAGCAGCAUCUCUCCUCCCCCGAGCAGCGUAGUCGCCGACUUCUCUGAAUUUGAGGAAGAUCCUCAAGAAUAUAACCGACUUUUCCCCUCAAGACCAAUGGUUCCGCUAUCUUCUCGGUCCGUGGGAACCUCAGAAACAAGCACGGGCCUUGCAGCUGCGGUGGACGUGAGUAGCGCCGUGAUCACACACGCGUAUCCUUCCCACGGCCGCCCCUCCCUGCCCCUGUCACUCGAUACUGCGUCCUCCGGCUCCUUCUCUGCCAUUGAAACUCAAGCAAUGCCGUCCAGUGUGACAGCUGGGUUCCCCUCGGCCAGCCCCGGGGUCCUCCUCGACUCAUCUUUCUCCGUCUCAGCAAAUGGAAACUCGCCGUCGCUGGCUACCAGGGACCCAACUCUUUCCCCAUCUUACACUUUGGAGCCUUCGGUGGAGGCCUCACUUUUUCCUGACCGAGAGCCUUCCAGCUGUUCCCAGCAUGAAACCAGAAGCCACUGGGAGUUUGCUUCCAGCUUCUUCUCAACUCCCCCGCUGGAGGCCGGCCGCUCGGCCCUGUCACCUUCAGAAGCACUUGCGGUCCCACCUCUCACGUCGAGCGAUUUGUCAGCGUCCAUUUCUCAGGCCUCUUCCACCCUGGUCGAGACACUUACGUUGUCCGACUCUCUCCAUCUGCAGCCACCUUGGCUCUCUGUCCCUAAUUCCACAAACCUUGACUUUUCUCAGCUCUGGCCCAGCUCAGACCUCCUUUUAAAUGCAUCCACUUUUCUGCCUAGUUACUCAGAAAUGCCACCUCUCUCAGGCUUCUCCUCCGAGUCUCCCAAGCUCUCUGGAGCAUCAGCAGUUUCGCUGACAGAUUCCGAAGCUCACUUUACCUCAGCUCUCUCGGAAACUACCUCCUCCUUUGAGUCUCCGCUCACGUCCUACGAAUCUGCAGUCGCCACGCCGGUGCCCUCCGGGUCGGAGCCCCUCCUGGACGUUUUCACCGCUGGCACUCACUCGACGUCACUCUCGACUGCCUUUCACACGACACCCACUCUGACGGAAUCAUCUCUCUUUUCAACUCCAGCGUCUUCCGAUGGCGAUAUCAGUGCUCUGGGUGAUCACACGUCUGUCUUACCCUCUCUCUCCAAAGUCGUUCCUACCACCGCAGUAUUGGUCACCGCCGUGUCCCUGCCGCCAGCAUCCUCAUUUGUUUCUGAAGUGGUCCCCUCACCGGUCCCCUCACUGUCUGUGGGCCCAUCUCUCCCACGCACAGAGUCGCCGAUGAGCACCUCCAGGGAGCUGAGCGCGCCUCGUACCAGUGCCGCCCCCGACCAUGCUGCGGACACCGUGCCGAACAGCGUACCCCAGAGUCAGAAUCCCCCCGAGAGCAGCACGGCUCUUCCCUCGGCACCCCUUCAUCCGGGGCCCACCUCCGCUCCCGAAGCCGUGGUCACUACUCCGGCAGUGGUGGCCACCAGGCCGCCGUAUGUGUGCGACAUUACAGUUCCUGAUGCCUAUUUGAUCACAACUGUGCUGGCCAGGAGAGCUGUGCAGGAGUACAUCAUUACGUCCAUCAAGGAGGUGCUGAGAAUUCACUUCAACCGCGCCGUGGAGCUCAAGGUUUAUGAACUGUUCGCUGACUUCACUUUCCUGGUAACAUCUGGUCCUUUUGUUUACACGGCAAUAUCAGUCAUAAAUGUGCUUAUAAAUAGUAAACUUGUGCGUGACCAGACUCCUUUAAUCCUGGCUGUGAAACCCUCCUUCCUGGUGCCGGAGUCCAGGUUCCAAGUUCAAACGGUCCUCCAGUUUGUGCCUCCGAGCGUGGAUACUGGCUUCUGCAACUUCACCCAGCGCAUCGAGAAAGGCCUGAUGAUAGCUCUCUCCGAAGUGAGGAAGCACCAGCAGGGCACCUAUAACCUCACGGUGCAGAUCUUGAAUAUCACCGUGGGCUCUCCGCGGGCGGCGCCCCGCCGGGGCCCCGUGAACAUCGUCUUCGCCGUGAGAGGCGCGCAGGGGUUUUGGAACGGGACCCAAGUGAGCGAGCUGCUCAGGAACCUGAGCGAGGUGGAGUUCAGCUUCUACCUGGGCUACCCCGUGCUCCAGAUCGCCGAACCCUUCCAGUAUCCGCAGCUCAACCUGUCGCAGCUGUUGAAGUCCUCUUGGGUAAGAACAGUCCUCCUGGGCGUCGUUGAGAAGCAGCUUCAGAAUGAAGUGUUUCAAGCUGAGAUGGAGCGCAAACUGGCCCAGCUGCUGAGCGAGGUUUCCACGAGAAGGCGGGUGUGGAGAAGGGCCACCGUGGCUGCCGGGAACAGCGUGGUGCAGGUGGUAAACGUGUCCAGGCUGGAGGGAGAGGACGAUCCCGUGCAGCUCAUCUACUUUGUGGAAGAUCAACACGGAGAAAGACUCAGCGCAGUCAAGUCUUCCGAUCUGAUUAACAAGAUAGACAUCCAGAGAGCAGCCAUUAUCUUGGGUUACCGAAUUCAGGGCGCCGUCGCCCAGCGUAAGUGC